GCUGAGAAGGUAAGAAAGAAGAGAGCAAAGCGAAGCAAAGAAAAUAAGGUGGUGUGGGGGGUUUUAAUGGCAGCUAUAGCUAGCUAGCUUGUGUGGUGGCAGAUACAAAAUUCAAAAGGGGUGCAAUAAAAGAGGGGGUGCUGAGUUAAGAGAUGGGUAGGUUAGGGUUUUAAUUUAUAGUGCCCCGGCCCCUCCCUUUUUCUCUUCCUUCCUUAGUACCACUGCUGCGAUUCCAAACUGCACCUGCUACACAGAUUAAUUCAAGAUAGCUUGCUUGCUCGAUAGACAUAAAUCCCUAUUGCCAUUCAAUACCAGAAAUCAUGAUAUAUAAAAGACCAGCCCUGGCUGCUGUGUCCGCAGGUUAAUUAACUUGCAUCCACCAACCCCCCUCAUCACACCAUUAAGAGAGAGAGAGAGAGAGAGUCUCUACCGGUCAUUUUCUGGGUUUGUUUCUCUUCUUCUUGGUGAUGGGGCUGGGAUAUAUUAUUAAGGGGGGAGAGAGAGAGAAAGAGAGAGAGGCUCCGAUUUAUUGGUGUGUUGUGCGUUUUCAAUUCUGAGUAAUGGUGGUGUGUUGUAGCUGCUUUCUAGCUAGCUAGGUUUGAAUUUCUUUUUGCUGCUUCUCUAAUUGGCACUGAAUGAGAUAUGGGUAUGGGGAGAAGGAAGAGAGGGACUAGUAUUAAGUCGGCUUUUCUUCCUCUUCUUCUUGCAUUUUUCAUCCUUGUUUUCGACCGAUUUGCCGUCGUUUCGGCUCUAAAUUACACCAAAUACAGAGAGGUUAGCAGCCUGAGACUCGAAAGGAUUCAGAGGCACUUGAAGAAUAUCAACAAGCCCCCCGUCAUCACCAUCGAGAGCCCCGAUGGAGAUAUCAUAGACUGCGUCCAUAGAGGAAAACAACCAGCUUUAGAUCAUCCUGCUUUGAAAAAUCACAAGAUCCAGAGAGCUCCGCCGGAGAUGCCCAAGGUGAGGAGGAUGAAGGGCGGAGAUGACGAAAAGGAAAGGAUGGAGAACAACAGGAGCAGCAGUGACCUGGCCGGAGAAGGAGAGUGGCAAAUGUGGCACCGCGGGGGGAAUCGGUGUCCGAAGGGGACGGUGCCCAUACGGCGGAGCUCAGUGCACGAUGUGCUGAGAGCCAGGUCUUUGUUUGACUUCGGCAAGAAACACCACCGGUCGCCGCCGCUGGCUCGGCGCGUCGACGCACCAGAUGUCGUCAGCGGCAAUGGCCAUGAGCACGCCAUUGCCUACACGGGGGCAUCCCAAGAAGUGUACGGAGCCAAAGCAACCAUAAACGUGUGGGACCCAUCAAUCCAAGUGGUCAACGAGUUCAGCCUCUCCCAGCUCUGGGUCCUCUCGGGAUCAUUCGACGGCUCUGAUCUCAACAGCAUCGAAGCUGGAUGGCAGGUCAGUCCGGAGCUGUAUGGGGAUAGCAGGCCCAGACUUUUCACUUAUUGGACGACGGACUCAUACCAGGCUACCGGAUGCUACAACCUUCUGUGUGCGGGAUUUGUGCAGACCAACAGCCGGAUAGCCAUCGGAGCUGCCAUUUCUCCGGUUUCCUCAGUUUCCGGCGGCCAGUUUGACAUUAGCAUCCUCAUUUGGAAGGACCCAAAGCUGGGAAACUGGUGGAUGAGCUUUGGCGACAGCACGCUGGUGGGGUACUGGCCGGCAGAUCUGUUCACGCACCUUGGAGACCAUGCAACCAUGGUGGAGUGGGGCGGCGAGGUGGUGAACUCGCGGCCCAACGGGAUGCACACCUCCACCCAGAUGGGCUCCGGCCACUUUGCCGAAGACGGCUUCGGCCAGGCCAGCUACUUCCGCAACCUGGAGAUCGUCGACUCCGACAACAGCCUCAGCUCCGCCCAAGGCAUUUCCAUCCUCGCCGAGAACACCAACUGCUACGACAUCAAGAGUUUCUACACCAAUGACUGGGGCACUCACUUCUACUACGGCGGGCCCGGGAAAAACCCGAAGUGCCCUUAGUUGAAGACAUCACGAACUCUGUGACAACAGGAGACCGAGAGGGAAAGAAGGGUUUGUGCAUCUGUGUAUCAUGAUUUCUUUUGCUAAUACUUGAGCCGGUGAUGAAUCAUACGGCUCUAGCUUGAUGAUAAUCGUUGUCGCAUCACUAAUGUCGAUCUUCAAAAUUUAUAUAUGUAUAUUGCCAUUUUGUUAAAAUGUUUUAUCGGCUAUUUUUCGCUUCUUUUUCUUCAACUUCUUGCUUUAAAUUAUUUAUUUUUGUAUCGCAACAAAAUUGCAAUAAAUUAAGUGAGGCUAGCUCACAUUUAUUUUCAA